GUAGUAAGUAUUACGGAGUAGUUUUAUCUAAAAGCGUAGAGGAAGAAACGAAGAAUGCAGUGAUCUAAAAAUUUGAUAAAAAUGCUCCAAACCGAAAUUGCUUGAUUAGCUGUGCACUUUUCUCUCUUCAUUUUCCUGCUCUUCACUCUUUCUCUCUCUUCAUUUCCCAUCUGACUCCUUCAAUUUCCCCAAUAUCUUUUAUUGGGGAGAAUUUUAAAUCCCUAAUUUCACAAAUUUUACUCUCAAUUUUCACAUUUUUUUUUAAUUUUUUUUUGAUGUACUAAUUAUUUAGUUCGAUUAAUUCCGGGUUUGAAGAUUUGACAAUGGCGGGUCAAAAUCAAGGAAAUAUGGAUCAAUUUGAGGCGUUUUUUAAAAGGGCAGAUUUGGAUCAUGAUGGUCGGAUUAGUGGUGCUGAAGCUGUCGCUUUUUUUCAAGGAUCUGGGUUGAAUAAACAAGUUCUUGCUCAGAUAUGGAUGCAUGCUGAUCAGAAUCGUGCUGGUUUCCUUGGUCGUCAAGAGUUUUAUAAUGCUCUCAAGUUGGUAACAGUGGCACAGUCUAAGCGAGAACUGACUCCUGAGAUUGUGAGGUCAGCAUUGCAUGGACCAGCUUCAGCCAGGAUCCCUCCUCCACAAAUAAAUCUACCUCCUGCCGCUACACCUCAAGCAUCUCCUGUGCCUAAUUCACCUGCAAUGUCGAUGGGUUCUGGGAUGCCUACAGCGCCACAAAAUCUUGGUUAUAGAGGGCCUUUACCACCUAACCAGAACAUGCAGCAGCAAUAUUUCCAAACUCCAGGGAACCAAUUGACGAGGCCUGCUCAAGGUCUGCCUUCUAGCUCUGCUUCACAUCCUAUUCAAAGUGGUCAUGGUCUUCAAAAUUUAGGUGUCUCAUCAACUGGGGUUCCAAACUCUAAUUUGUCAUUUCCUGGUCGUCCAAGCUUAGGCAUGUCGACCCCUGGUUUCCAGAGCUCCGGCAUGACGACCCCUAGUUUCCAAAGCUCAGGCAUGUCGACCCCUGGUUUUCCAAGCCCAGGAAUGUCGGCUCCUGGUGUCCCAAGUUCUGGAAUGGCUCCAUCUGUUGUUCCAAGCUCAGGAACAUCUACUACUGGUCAUCCACACUCUAGUGUCUCAGCCAAUUGGAUGGGUGGAAACAUGAGUGGGGCUCCUUAUGGACAAAUGUCACAAGUUUCAAAUAUGGGGACCACUACAUCUCCGCCACAAAAUAUGCCAGUGAUCCCCCAAGCUGCCAACGAUAGCUCUAAAGCAACUGCUGCCUCUGGAGGUGACCCUUUUGCUGCUUUUUCAAUGACCAAACCAGGUGCUUCUCCAGCAACAUCUUCAGCUAUAGUUCCUGUGUCUGCUCCAGCCCCAGCAUCCUCCAUAACAACUUCGUCGGCAAUCGUUCCUGUAGCCUCUUCAACACAGGCUCCGUUAAGAUCAAAUUCUCUUGAUUCAUUACAAAGUGCCUUUGUGAAUCAGCCUGUGGGUGGUGGUCAGCCACAUCAGGCACAAGCUUUCUCGAAUCUGUCUCAGUCUUUACCUCAAGUCACUUCCUCUGGUGUUUCACCUGGACCCGUUAAGCCUACUCUAGAACAAUCCCAGCCACCAUGGCCAAAGAUGACUACUCCAGGUAUACAAAAAUAUACCAAAGUAUUCACAGAGGUGGACACUGAUCGAGAUGGAAAAAUCACGGGUCAACAGGCACGUAAUCUGUUCCUGAGCUGGAGACUACCAAGAGAGGUUUUAAAGCAGGUGUGGGACUUAGCUGACCAGGAUAAUGACAGCAUGCUUUCAUUAAGGGAGUUCUGCAUAGCCCUGUAUUUAAUGGAGCGGUAUAGAGAAGGGCGUCCCCUUCCAGCUUCACUUCCCAAUAGCAUUAUGUUAGAUGAAACUCUUAUGCGUAUGUCAGGUCUUCCAAAUUCAUCUCAUGGUAAUGCAGCAUGGGGAGCAGCAUCUGGUACUGGUUACAGGCCAGUACAGGGAAGCGCUGCUUCCUCACCUGGUGCAGCUGGUUUGAGGCCAGUCAUGAAUUCAGCUCCUCAGCCUGAUAUGACCAUGCAAUUCCAGCAGCCAAAGUCAAGAGCAUCUGUAUUGGAUAAUUCCCAAGCAAACCAUUUUAGUGACGGUGAGAAGGAUUUGCUGCAAUCAAGUGCUCUAGAAACAAAUGAUGCCGAAAAUAAGGUUGAAAAGGUGGAGAAAGUGUAUCUAGAUUCCAGGGAAAAGCUUGAGUUCUACCGUACAAAAAUGCAGGAACUUGUUCUAUACAAAAGUCGAUGUGAUAAUCGACUGAAUGAAAUCAUUGAGAGAGCAUCUGCAGACAAGCGUGAGGCGGAUUUACUGGGAAAGAAAUAUGAAGAAAAAUAUAAGCAAGUAGCAGAAAUAGCUUCCAAGCUAACUAUCGAAGAGGCUAAUUUCCGAGAAUAUCAGGGGCGAAAAGCGGAGUUGCAGCAAGCAAUUAUUAACAUGGAACAAGGUGGAAGUGUGGACGGUAUUCUUCAGGUACGUGCUGAUAGGAUACUGUCAGAUUUUGAGGAGCUCCUAAAAGCUUUGUCUGAACGCUGCAAGAAACAUGGAAUAGAGAUAAAGUCCGCAGCAUUGAUUGAGCUUCCUAAAGGCUGGCAACCUGGAAUUCAAGAAGGAGCUGCUGUCUGGGAUGAAGAAUGGGACAAGUUUGAUGAUGAAGGACUCCAAUUUGACAAGGAGGUCAGUACAGACACACAAACUGCUAAGACCUCUCCGAGAUCCACAUUAUUCGAGAAUGGAACAUACUCUCAUGAUGAUGUAUAUAGCCCUGAUAGUAAAGGUGAACAUGCUUUUGAUAGUGAAUCUGCAUACCCCCAUAGUGAAGAUGAUUCAGCAAGAAGCCCACAUGGAAGUCCAGUACCUCGAGCAUCACAAGAUUUUUCAGAUAUUUUUGCAAAGAGCGAGGCAGAUACAGAUUUCCAGCAGAGCUUUGAUGACCAGGGUUGGGGCAAUUUCGAUGGUACUGAUGAUGCAGAUUCAGUUUGGGGAUUUAAUUCCAAGGACCAGCGUGGUGAUCAUCUAUUUGAAUCCAGUGGCUUUGGUUUAAGUCCUGGAACUGAUUCUCCACAAGGGGACAGCAGUUAUAAUAAAAGAAGCCCAUUCAAUUUUGCUGACUCUGUGCCAGGAACACCAUCGUUUUCUAAGUCUGGUAACUCUCCAAGAUAUAGUGAGGCUGGGGACAACCUCUUUGAUAAUUACUCAAGGUUUGAUUCCUUCAACAUGAAUGAAAGCAAUCGGUUUUCUCCACCACGUGAAACCCUUACAAGGUUUGACUCCGUAAGUAGCAGCAGGAGUGGCUUUGGUGGCCAUAGUCGAGGAUUUACUUCGUUUGAUGAUGCAGAUCCCUUUGGAUCCUCUGGACCUUUUAAGGUCUCCUCUGAAACACCCAAGAAAGCUUCAGAUAAUUGGAGUUCAUUCUAGUUCAUUGGGUUUUGGUCUAGGAUCAACUCCUAUAUUCUUCAUUUUGUGGAACAAAGUGAUACAUGUAGCAACCAUUUUUUCGCGUGCUUGUAUAGUUUUGAUCUUGUGUAAAUUUGUCGGUAUUUGUUCUUUUGUAAUGUUUUGUAGACCUGCAAUAUGUUUCUCCUAGCAUAUAGAAACCAGAAGAACGUUGUGCAACAUUAAUUCAUUUGUGUAUUGUGUCAGUUGUACGUCUGGUUAGGAGUGAAACGAGAUGGUUAAAAGAAACUAUGGAGUAGUGAACAAUCCACACAUAAAAAUUACGUUGCCAAGGCAUAGUAUUUGAUAGUA